AUGAAUGGUAGAGUGUUAUUACUUUUAUAACUGUAAACGGAUUCUAUAUAUAGUCGUCUAGUAGUCUCGAGUCGUAUUGCCAUAGACUUCCGCCUUGACACCCAGUGCCUAGUUGUAAUGGUCCACUUCUUUGUUAUCGCUGCCUAGUAAGUUUUUAGUUAUUUUAUAACAGUUAAUGUGAUGUGAUUAAAAAAAAAAAAAAGAAGAAAUUAACAGUUAAUUUGAUGCAGUUAAGUGGUUAGGAAUUUACUUUUACUUUUUUAGAUUAUAGUAAUUAGUCUAGUAGGCUUCUACUUCUAAAUCAUUUUUCAUCAUUUUAAAAUUGUAUAAUAAUUGUUAUUAUUUAGGAAUUAUAGUGGCCUGACUACGAAAUUAAAAUUAGGUAAUAGUAUUACUAAUAGUUACUAAGACUUAAGACUAAUACUACUAAUAGUAAUUCUAGGUAAUCCCUUAUUUUAGUGCUUUUUAUUAUUAUUGUAAUACUACUAAAAUAGGGCAUAAUAAAUAGGGUGACCAAAUCCUGAACUAGAAAAAACGGGACACACCCAAGGCCAAGGCAAGGAGUGUUGGGGGUGGGUGGGAUAACCUCCAGCUAAAGAGGGGUCGGGGGGGGGGGGGGGGGGGGGGGGGGAAGGCGCGGGGGGAGGGGGGGGGGGGGGGGGGGGGGGGGCUCCGCCGGAAACUGAUUAUUGAAAAAUGCUCAACAACAGAUUAACUAUUUUGAGACCUAGAAAUCUUUUUAAAUUUACCUUCACUUUUGUAAUUUAAUUUAACUCAUAGGCUUACCAUGAACGAAAACAAUAAUUUUGCAGUGAAUACUUAUUUAUUUAUAAUUUAUACAUAUAAUGCGUCAGCAGAGUUUUGGAUGGGGAACAGUGCAGCAAUCACGUGAGCCCACAUCGCUACUGGCACUGGCUACACAGCUAGCCAAAAUAUUACUUGAAGUUAUAUUGUAAUUUAGGAAUUUUUAGGGAUUUGAAAAUGUGUUUGGUUCUUUACUGGAUGUCCUUAGGUUGAGAUGGCCGUCCUAAAGCUAAUCCUUCGAGGGAAGUUACGGGCGGGAGAAGUCUUAGCAAGAGAAGAUAUCGAACACGCUUCUUUGCAGAACGAUAGGGGACUUUUCGGGUGCUUUGGGGAAAUCAUUAAGAGCUAUGGCUUGACAGUUUGCUAACGCCAUUUUCUAAUGACAUAUUAUUUCAAAUUACAUUCUAGACAGGCGAAAGAAACUCUCUGUAGUAUUGUAACAUGUGUGUGCUGCAUCAGAAGAUGUGUGAUUGUUUCAUGAAUAUUAAUGGACAAAUAUAUCGUUAACAAAAUUAGAACUGAUAAUUUGUUUCAAUAUGUUGAAUUUUUUCAAAAGAUAGUUAUUUUUCAGAGCUAAAAGAAUUUUACAAAGUAUUUUAAUUAUUUUCAUUUGCUGUUAGGCCGCAUAAUGCUACUGAUAAUUUUUAAAUGAAAGCACAAUCUUGCAGCUAUAACAAAAUCUGCAAACUAUCCUAAUUUCAGAUAUUUAGCACAAAAUAAAACUGCUGUUGGUUCCACUUAUGCUUGUGGAUCAUUUUUUCAAAUUCACAAAAAGCAAAUCCUGUUCUUUACUUAUUAUUAAGGUAUCUGAUGAAAACUUACAAAAUCAGUUAAGAUGUGCAACAAACAGAAAUAGAUUUUAAAGGUUAUCUGUAUUUGAGAGUAAAGAUAAAAACAAAUACAAAAUAAUGUGAUUUUUAUUUUGCAUUUUUAUCUUGUAUUUCAUGUGCAUUAAGAAUAAAUAAACAAUUAUGUACUGUGUUUAUUUGCCCAAAACAAAUGAACCACUUUCAAAUUUUUGGAAUCUAUUAGGGAGCAUGACAGUAGACAAUUUUACAAAUAACGUGGCAAGGAUAUGAUUUCUUUUUAGUUAUUGUACACUGAAUUACUUUGUUGUUAAUCAAUUCUAAACAUAAAUGAAAAAAAAUCAAACUUAUCUGUUCUAAAAGUUAUGAUUAUAUUUUUGUCCACAGAAUGGUUGAGGUGAACUAAAAAAUGAAGGUGCUACGUUUACAUCGCUUGUUUACUAGAUGUCCAAUAGAUGUCAGAUGUCUUUCAAGAUCAUUUUUGCCAGCUCUAGUGGGUCUGUGCCUGGGGAUGACAGUCAGUAUGAUGUAUGCACCUUUCAGUGAAGAUAGCUGUGAAACAUUCAUUGCCAAUCAGGACCCUCAAAAAAUGAUAAAAUUGAGAGAUACCAAGUCUUUAGACACACAGGCUGAAGAAUCAUAUGAGCCACGUGUCCUACCACCCAUAGAAGAGUCCUCCUACAAAAUAGAUAUCAAAGCUGGGUCUAAAUUUUAUAGGCCAAAGUUUGCUGCAACAGAGUUGGGAAUAAGGGAAAAGCUUUUUGUUGCAGUUCUUUCAUCCAAAGAUACCUUGAACACUUUAGCAGUGGCUGUAAACAGAACAAUCAGUCAAUAUGUAACCAAAACUGUGUUUUUUAUUGAUAAAAAGGCACCAGUAGUUCCAGCUGGAAUGAUCAUUGUCAAUUUUGAUGAUGGAUAUAAUCAUCUUAUGCCUACUAAUGUAUUUAAAUAUGUCAUUAAAAAAUAUGGACAUGAGUAUGAUUACUUCAUGUUUCUUUCUGACAAGGGAUAUAUUCGAGCUGAGAAAGUUUUUGAUUUAGUCAGCCAUAUCAGUGUGAGUAGACAUGUGCAUCUGGGAGCACCCAAAGGUGUUGAGGAUGGUAAAACUUACUGUUCAUUAGAAGGAGGAAUAAUUAUUUCACAGGUUGGUAGAUCUAAUUUGUUUUAAUUAACUCUCAUAAAGAAACAAAAUUCUACAUUCAUGUUGGUGUAAUUUUAAAUAACAAAAAGCCAUAUAAUUAUGUAACAUUUACUUUUAUGGACAGGGUAAAUUUAUAUCCGAUAUUUGAUAGUUUCUAUUUAUAAAACUCAAUAAACUCUAAAUGUAAUGAGAUUAUUAAAAAUGUAUAAAAUAUAACUAGACAACACUGAACCUGACAGCUGCUGCAUGCACUAUGUUAGUUUUGGCCAUAGAGGAAUAAAACUUGUAAUUUUUUUUAUCCCCAGUCACUUUUAUCUCUGGUAAAUUCUAGCCUAAAGUGGUGUACAGACAACUGUCACAGCUCUGAUUCUAGUAUCAAUUUUGGCAAGUGUUUGCUUCAUGUUUCAGAGCUUGAUUGUCAAACAACAGCUGCUGUAAGUUUUCACUUAUAUAGCAUAAUGUGAAAGAGUAGUAAAAAAAUGCUUUAUGUCUUUUCAAACCAAAUAAGAAAGAUAAAAGUAACAUUUUAUAAGGAAAAUUUUAAUUUGCUUUGUAUUUUAUGGAAAUUGUUAGUUAUAUAUAGAAAUUUGAAUAGGGGUUGUGUGAAGUCAUCAUGGGCACAUGCGCAAAGGGCCACUGCAUCUGAAUGAUGGUGUAAAGUCAUCUCACCAAUAGUGGUCUUUAUCAUAUUGUUAACGUUUAUCCUAAACUGGAAAUUUUUAAUUGUCUUCAGCUGCAUGUGCAAAAUUUCUGUUUAAAAAAAUAUGCAAACCACUAACUAAAAUACAAUAUUGGGUUCAGUGUAAUUUCAAAGCUGAACUUCACAUAGUAUUAAUUAAAUCAUUUCAAAGAAAUUAUUAUCAACUAAAGAUAAAAAAUAUACUAAUUUAGACAUACAGUUGGUGAUAACAAUAAAAAUGUCCUUAUAUAUCCUUAAGAGAAUUUUCAGUAUGUUGGGGGGGAGGGAUAUCAAUGUAUUUUUUAAAUGUAGACUGAUGAGAAAACCAGUCUAAAGAGAGUGAUAAAAUAUUUAUGUCAAGGACGUUUAUAGCAUUAUAUUUUAAGAAUGUCCUGUGGUCAGAGUAUUCUUUUUUUUCCCUUCACAUUAGUUGAAAAUAUAUGUAAUUUUUCUACAUUUCAUCUAGAACAAAGUUUACACUGCUUAUCCAGUGAAAAAUUUUAAUUUCAACAAAGAUAUAGAAGCCCUUAAAGAACAAGUGGAAUUCAACAAGUCUCUCUCUAUUUUUCCAAUGCCAGAUGACACGACACACUACAAAAUGCACAGGUUAAUUUUAAGGUUUUAUUUAAAUCAUUCAUAUAUUUCCUUUGUAAUCAAUAUGAAAUUUGUGGUAUGAACCUGAAUUUAACAAUUUGUAGUGUCAUACCCCCAUUGCCACAAUCUGUAUUCAAAAGCUUGUUUGAUCAUCCUAAACUGAUUAAUUGAUGCAUUUAAAUUUAAUGUUAGUUUCCUAAAAUUUGUAUUAUUAUAUUUCAAUUUUGUUUCCAAAAAAGAUUUUCUUCCAUUUAAAUUGGCCUUAAGGGGCCAUCCAUAAAUCGUCCCCCUAGAAUAACAAGGUUUUAAGUUGAUUGGAUUAAAUAGGCACAUAGAACCUUGUUAUUCUAGGGGGACGAAAUGACGUCACUCAUUUGGGGAGGGGAAGGGGGGGGGGUCAGAUUUUUGUGAUGAGGGGGAAAAGGGGGAGGGGGGGGGCUCAAGCAUUAUUCUUUUAUACAACAGUUAUAAUUAUAACUAUUUUAUUUUAUUUACUAUCACUGAUAGAAUCAGUACAGGUAUCCAUGGUCUAAAAAAUGGCCUCAGAUCAAGUUACAGGACGCCAAGGAGGGGGAGAAUCGACAUGUAGUUACAAUGACAGUCGAGAGAAUUUAUGGCUAAAUGUUGACAUGGGAGUCAUAGAAUUAGGACUAGGGGGCCUACGGUAUGAAGUUGGAUGUAACGAAAAAGGUUGACUGGGGAGAUAUUUUAGCAAAUGCUCUAGGGCAGGGAUUCUUAACCUUUUUUGCGGCGCUGUAGCCCCACACCCGCCUGCCAACCGUAUAAAUUUACCGUAUAAAUUAUAUUGUAAUAAAAUUUUUAAAAUUAAAUAAUUUAGUUACAGUUUUAUUUCUUUAAUCAACCUUUUAUAAACGAGGGAAAAAAUUACCAAUUCAAGCAAUGCGCCAACAAAAUUCAACAGAAAAACAUUUACUGCUGCUAAUCAAAAUGCAUGAAAACUUAUUUUAAAAAAAGGCAGCAACAACUAGCUAUAGCAGCAAAUACAAUCAUGGAGUAGCUAGGGUUGAUGUCACCUGGUCCGGUAAGCUCAUGGUGUCACACACACCCCCCCACCCUUUUUUUUUUCCCAUGAUGUAAUUCUUCUUGUUAAAGUUAGUCCACAGUAUAAAAAAUACAAGAACAAAACCAAAUUAAUUGAAGAUCAGAAGGUAAAUGUAUUUAAGAACUGUAACUUGUACUUAGAAUCGCCCUUUUUAUCAAAGGAUAGUUUUAUUUCUCAGAAUUUAGAUAAAAAUAGCUUCCUGCCACGUACAAACAUGGUCAAAGCGGUGUGUUUCUGACCUAAUAAUAAGAUAACCUAAUUGCUGACGCAUCAACCUUGAAAUUUUAAUAAAGCACGCAUUUUGAUUGGGUACAUAUGUGAAAAAUUUAUGUGUCAUCUGUUAUCCUUUUAUGAAAUUCGAUUAAACUGACCAGUCUGUAAAUGCGCAAUUUUUCAAUUUGGCGUCACCCCUUGAGAAGAUGUCACCUGGUGUGAUCCACACCCCUCUAGCUGCGCCACUGAAUACAAUUUUCUGGUCUACCACACUGCAGGGCUGGGGAGGUACUUUACUCCUGGUUAAGAACCACUGUUCUAGUGAAAUAUUUCUCACACAGGUGCUGUAGUUUGAUAUCUACGGGAGGUGCAUUUCUUAAGGGUUUGUAAAGGACAGUAGUGGACACAGAAUUUUUAUAGGAGGGGGUGCAGAGAUUUGUGUCGUUAUAUUUGAGUUGGGGUCUAACUUUUUGUGAUGAUUUGUGGUGAUGGGGGGAGGGGGUGUAAAAAUCGGCAAAAUUUGCGUAACGUCAUUUAUGGACGGCCCCUAAUUGAAUAUCUUACAUCAAAAGCCACCUAAAGCUUUGACCCUCUAUUGAUUUGAUUUACAAAUUGUAUUUAAAAUAGAAUAAUGCAUUGUAUUGCUUUUGAAGCCUCAUUAUAUGAUACAAGAUUUGAUUUUUAAAAAAAUUUUAAUGUCAAGUAAAGAGAACUAAAAAUUGUAUUUUAUUUGAUGCCUCUCCACUAUAACUGGAGACAAAAUAAUGCUUGUACAUGUUAAUGAUCUAUACUUAAUUUUAAAUGCUUUGCUAAAAUAGUUGAAUUCUCACAUUAUUCUAAGACAUGCAUGAUGAAAAUAGCUGCUGUAAGUCUUUAAGUUAGCCUCUUAAGUUAGUCUUAUUCUUCUAUAAAGAUAAUUUAGUGGUAUAUUUCUUUCUCUUCUAACACUAUUUAUGCUCAGUUGUGACUUCUCUGGUCCUGAUGAGAAUUUAAUUUGUUUAAAUAGCUUCAAUUCGGACAGUGUUCUGUUUUCAUUUGGGUUAUGAAACUCUGGUGACCGUGUUUUAGUUUCCACCAUUGAUCCUCUUUUUUUGGGUGUGCAGUUGAUGUUCAGUUAAUGCAGUUAACUGUGUCUCCAUUUUCCCAGCCCUUUAACCAUUCCUCUCUAAAAGGAUCUUUUAACAAUGACCCCCAGUUGGGUCAUCAGUUAGUGUGAUUGUGGUUGGGUUUUCCUUGUCUCGCUAGAACACCUGCUUGCUCAUUCUGGGGUAAUCUUGUGUGUCCCGCGAUAUAUUCAAGAACAACUCUGCCUCCAUGUCUCAUACUUUGUCCAUAAUGGCACUGAUCAUUUUGUGUCUAGAAAGCACUUCUGUAAACACUAGGAUGGGUGGAAAUAGUUUUCUUUUAGCUGUUUGGCGGUGUCGAUGUUUCAGGGCCCUAAGUAUGGCUUCAGUUUCUGCAUCUGUACUUGUGCUAUACUUCCCACUCAGCCUUGAAAUCUCUGGUUACUGGAUGAAUGCAGAAAAUGAGGCUCCCGAAAACCUCUAGCAAAGUGGGAACAGGGGUCCCCUUAGAGCAUUUUUUAUAAAAAAACCAAUGAAAGGAUACAUUUGGCGCAUACUUAUAUUUGGUGUUUAUUUCAGCCAAUUUAGGGGAGGGGGAAUUUCAGAUUUUCUGGUGGGAAGCGCCAAAUUAGCCAUAAUAAAAAUCAGGUACAUUAAUAACCCUGCCCUAGUCCAACAUGAACUAAAUUCAUUCAAGUUGAUUCGCCCUUGAGAGUAUGCUUUUUGCCGAGGUAAGUCUCGCCCCCUUAAAUCUUUAUAGUCCCAAGAAAAAUUUUGAUACAUUUAAAAUGCAAGAAUGUAUUUUAGCACAUACUUAGUUCUGCAUUAUUCCACACUUAAUCGAAGAGCAACAGGAGAGAUGCAAGUUAAAAGUUUAGGUGUUACUUUACCUCAGAGCUGCCAUAAGGGUUCCGCAGCCUUGGAUAUUUUAGAGGUAUAAAGUUGUCAUGUGGACAUUUUUUUAAUUAUCAAAUUUGAAUGUAAGGUGGGGUAAGGGCAAAACCGAAAAGGGACAGGGGGGGCUCAAAUUUAAAGCGACUGCUCUGCUCUGAUGGUGGGGGGCACUUGACUUGCUCCAUGCCUAACAUCUUUUCAGUCUCGUGCCAAACUGUCCCUUGAUGUCUGCAUGAGAGGGGCUUGGCUCCCAAAGCCAGUAGUAGAGACCAUGUCAUCCAUUAGCCUGUCUCCAGACACAAUGGGGUAGUGACUGAGAUACCCACGCUACACUUGUCAUAAGCUGAGAGUCAGGACUGUUUUGCUUCCACUUCUUAGAUUCAGAUUUUGUGUUGCCUGGGCCCCUCGUCCAAGGAGUCAUUCAUUUUCAGUGUGGGACGCCAGGUUCUUUAGCUUCGGGCUGUGACAAACUUCACUAAUCCCUACCAUGUAAAGGCCAGAACCUUUAUCCAUCCAUCCAUCCCUGUGGCGCUACAGCCCAUGUAGGGCUUUGGCCUGCCUCACUACUUCCUUCCACUCAGACCUAACUAAUGCCUUUCUUUUCCAUGCUUGGACUUUCAGCUGCUGUAGAUCUUUUUCUACAUCAUCUAUCCACCUAAGCCUAGGUCUGCCUUUGAGCCUUUUUCCUCUGGGGUAUUGGUGAUGUACCCUCUUCGUUCCUCUGUCAUUUGGCAUUCUCUCUAGGUGUCCUGCCCAGCGUAGCCUGCCUCUUUUUAUUUCUGCCACUAUCGUAGGAUCCUGAUAUAGACUGUAUAAUUCCUGGUUGGUUCGUAUUCUCCAUCCAUAUUCAUCCUUUGUUGGCCCAUAUAUUUUCCUGAGAACUUUCCUCUCCCAUGUGUUUAAUAGGUUUUCUGCUGUUUUUGUUAGGGUCCAAGUUUCACUUGCAUAUGUUACAACUGGUCUGAUCACAGUUUUAUAAAUAGUUUUCUUUGUUUCUCUUGUAAUGUUUUUACUUUUGAGUAUUUUCUGACUACUGAAGUAUGCCCUGUUUCCGGCUGAUAUUCUUUCUUUUAUUUCUGUUAGUAAUUCGUUUCUUUCAUUUAACAAGGAUCCUAGGUAUUUAAAUUGAUUUACUUUUUCAAAAGUUUGGUUUCUAAUUUUAAUUGUUUCAUCUGUUUGUUCCUCUCUUAUCAUGGUCAUGUAUUUUGUUUUUUGGUUGUUAACUUCCAGCCCUGCUUGUAAAGAUGCGUCUUCUAAUUCAAUAAAGGAUUUUGAUAUGUCUUUUAUACUUUUCCCUAGAAGUGCUAUGUCAUCAGCAUAUGCAAGAUACUGAAGUGGUUGGUUGUAGAGUGUGCCCGUUGGUUGUGGGUCUUGAGUUUCCCUCAGAAAGUAUCCUGUUAUCGUUCCUCGAGUGUCAAUGUGUAUGUUUCUAAUAACUCUCUCCAAUGUUAGGUUAAAGAGCAUACAAGACAGUGAGUCUCCCUGUCUUAGGCCUCGUCUAAUAUGAAAUUCCCUUGAAUAUUCUCCUUGAAUCUUGAUUUUGCUUUUUGAGUUGUUUAGUGUUACAUGUAUUAGCCUUGUCAGUUUGUUGGGUAUCCCAAACUCCUGUAGAGUCUCAUAUAAAUAGUUUCUUUUGAUGCUGUCAUAGGCCAUUUUAUAGUCGACAUAGAGUUGAUGUACUGGUAUAUUAAAUUCAUAGCAUUUCUCUAACAGGCAUCUGAUGGUGAAAAUCUGAUCAGUCGUUGAUCUGUUAGGCCUGAAUCCGCAUUGGUAAUCACCUAGUAUUUCUUCAGUGUAAGGUUGUAGUCUUUUGGCAAUAAGUUUUGUCAGUAUUUUGUAUGUAACAUUUAAUAGGGAGAUUCCUCUGUAGUUUGUGCACUGAAGUUUGGAGCCUUUCUUGUGUAUUGGGGUUAUUAAUGCUGUUUCCCAUUCUGUCUGGAUUUUCUCCUCUUGCCAAAUUUUACUUAUAAGUUUAUGUAUCUUAUUGUGUAGUUCUUUUCCUCCAUAUUUAAUCAGUUCUGCUGUGAUAAGGUCUUGUCCGGGGGCUUUGUGAUUUUUUCAUGUAAUUAAUUACCUCUUUGGUUUCUUCUAGUGUUGGGCAUUGUAUAAACGGGUCUGGUCCUCCCUUUGGGAGUUGAUCAUCUUCUUCUUGUCUAUUGUCUGCAUUCAGUAUGUCCUCAAAAUAUUCAGCCCACCUCUCCAAUACUUUACUAUUUUCCGUGAUUAAUUCUCCAUUGUGGCUCUCACACAUUUGCGGUCUGGCUUGGUAUCCAUUCUUUUCAUCUUUUAUCUUCAUGUACAUUCCUCUUAUAUUUCCCUCUCUUGAUAAAUCUUCUAUUUCCUUUAGUUUAUCCUUUUCCCAUUCCCUCUUUUUCUUCCUACACAUUUUGUUGCUUUCCUUCUGGCUUCCUUGUAUGCUUGUGUUGUCUUUCUGGUUUCCCUUUGUAACAUGAUCAUUCGUGCUUUGUUUCUUUCUUCCACAGUCUCUCUGCAUUGAUUGUCGUACCAGCCUACUCUAUUGUUGGUUUGCUGAAAUCCCACUACUUUUUCUGCUAUCUUUUAAUGGCAUUUUUUAUCCUAUCCCACUGAUCAUUUAUGUUGUUUUCCCCAUUUAUUUCCUCGUGUGAUGCUUCUAAUUGUUCUUCUACUUCAUUCUGGUACGCUUUUGCAGUUAAUGGGUCUUUGGGCAGCUUUUGUUAAUCGUAUCGUUUCUCUCUUUGAUUACGACCAUUGUGAACUAAGCUUAUCCUCUGCCUAUAUUUCACCCUUACAAGUAGAUGGUCCGAGUCCGCAUCUGCUCCUCUAAGGCUUCUAACAUCUAAUAUAUCUGAUCCAUGUCUUCGAUCUAUUAAAACGUGAUCGAUUUGAUUGCGGGUGAUUCCAUCUGGUGAGUUCCACGUAGCUUUAUGUAUAUUUUUGUGCGGAAACUUGGUGCUGCUGACUGACAUCCCUUUUCCUACCGCGAAGUCUAUGAGUCGGAUCCCAUUGUCAUUGGAUUCUUCGUGCAGACUUUCCUUGCCAAUAGUUGGCAUGAACACCUUUUCUUUUCCUAUUUUGGCAUUGAAGUCUCCAAUCACUAUUUUAAUAUCAUGUCGUGGUGCCUCUUCGUAGAUCUUUUCCAGUGUUUCAUAGAAGGAUUCUUUAUCCUGAUCUUCCGCGUCUUCCGUUGGAGCAUGUACAUUUAUUAGUGUUAUAUUGAACAUUUUUCCUCGCACACGCAAAGAACACAGUCUUUCGUUCUCUGGUUUGAAGCCUAUUACUGCACUGACCGCUUCUUUUUUCACUGCAAAUCCUGUUCCUAGUGUGUUGGUGUUGCUACCACUAUAAAAAAUGGUGUAUUCUUUUGUCUUAAUGAUGUCUGAAUUUUUCCACCGAAUUUCUUGCAAUGCAGCAAUAGAUAUUUUGUAUUUGACAAGCUGGUUUAUAAGGUUAGCUAAGGCUCCUGCUCUAAACAGGCUUAGUACAUUCCAAGUCGCAAUCCAAAAUCAUGUCCAUAUCCAUGCAUAGGUCGAUUUCCAUUGUUAUCAGUCCGGGUUUUGUUCAGUUGCUUGGCUUUCGUAACGUUGGGUUUUUUACGUGGCCGGGUUGUUAACCCUGCGCACAACCAUCUGGGGGGUUGCCCCUUACAGCUCUCUGGAUAGCUGCCUUAGUUUUUGGGUAAGGUUCCCUAGCCUUUGUGGAUCCCUCCACUUCCUACAAGGCAGUAGGUUCUGAUUUUGGUCCGCCCCAGGUAUUUUAUUUCCCUGGUACCCUCCAUAUCUGGUGGGCUUUCCCCUAUCCGCCACCUGGGGAGGCGCUCGAUGGAAGAUCAGUAUCUCCGCACGAGACCAGAACCUUUGCAACGGCAUAUUUUUUCAACUGUUUUUUUAUGUCUUGCAUAUCAGAACUUCAAGUGUUCGAGAAUUCUUUCUCUUAAUGCAAACCAAACAUUUAUAUAUGAAAAUUUUAACUGGUCAUCAAAUUAAAAAUAGGCCUACUCUGAGGAAGUUUUUGGCAAAGGGAAUAAUAAUGUAUUACUAUAAAAAUAUGCCAUUAAAAAUAUCAUUUGCAUUAUUAAUCAUGUUUCAAAUAAUUUAAAUGUAUCAUUUUGAUGAUGCUGCAGGUAUUUUUGUGAAGUUGAGCUCAAUUCAACCCGACAUCAAAUUCAGGAUAUGAAAGAUAAUAUCCUCUACAUGAGCCAGUUUGCUCCUGGUGGGAGAGAUAGCAUUUCAUGGCCAAUAGGUAAUUUCCUAUUAUAAGUUUAACGACAAAGGAUUUUUAAAGUUAUAAGUGUUAAAAGAUGUUAAUUGUAAAUGUUUUUAAAAAAAAAACUUCUUAAACUCUUCAAAUGUAUUAUUUUAAAUCUUGACAGGAGUACCAGAGCCUUAUAAACCUAAAAAUAGGUUUGAUGUUAUACGUUGGGAUUAUUUUACAGAGACACAUAUCUUCUUUCAGGAUGAUUUUACAAAUGUAAAGGAAUUAAUAGGUAGGAAUAUACAUACUGCAUUGAACUGAACUGCUGAAAUCUAUAGUAAUGGACUAGAAAUAUAUAAUAAUUAAGAAAUCCAUAAUUACAAUAUUAGAAUGACUUAAUUUAUUGUCAAUGAAUGUUUUUAACUUAAAAAAACAGUUGAAUCAUUGAACUAGGUAUCAUUGUGCUCUCACUAAACUGUAUGCAGGGCCAUAGAAGUUAUGAUUCUAAAAAUCUAAUUUAGUAACUCAUUCUUACUGAUUUUUUAUGAAAUAUUUUACUCUGAUUUCUAAACCCCUGUAAACCUUCCAUUAAAGAGUUUGAUUCCAGAAAUUUAUAAAAUUUUCAUGUCAUUGACAUUUCCUAUUUUGUUAAAAAAAAUUAAAUUACAUUUACAUUUCUUUUUUAAAAAGUGUAUUUAAAAAAAAAAAUUAAAAUAUUCUUUUCUAGCCAUAUAGUCUAAGUCUUUAAUUUUUUUCAAUAGGUGUUGACAAGCUAGACAUUCAAGAUAUAAUUAAGAUAUCAAUGGAGAAACUCAAUGAGAAGCAUCAUAAUAAAUAUUUAUAUUCAUACCUAAUCAAUGGGUACAGGAGGUUUGAUCCCCAACGAGGCAUGGAAUAUUUACUUGAUCUUGCAUUAGAUGAUACAUCUGUACCUGCUGAAGAAAAUGGAGGCAACAAUUACAACCAAAGAAUUGUUGAAAAGCGUGUUUUCUUAGUAAGGCCUCUUGGAGAGGUAUUAUUAUUUUUUUUACAUUUGAUACUUUUUUUUUUUAUAUUUGUAUUUGUUCUAUUUGCAUAUUAAAAAAACUAUAUGAUGCAUUUCAUGUCUUAGAACAAUAUAUUUUUUUAAUCAUACAGGACAAGUGUUUUUUGAUUGACAUUACUUUGGUACAUUUUAGGUAGAAGUUGUGCCUAUGCCUUAUGUAACAGAAUCUACCAGACUCAACAUAAUUCUACCUAUCACAACUGGUGAUAUGGAUGGAUGGGGAGUUUUUCUUGAGAAUUAUGCUCGUUUACAGGUAUUAUUUUAAUAAACAAUAAAUGCUGUCUCCUUUUAAGUUGUUUGAAAAUAUAUUUGUUACAGGCUAAGUGUUAAAAGCUUGAAAUUUUCAGUGGCAUUUAAAGACAUUUCCUUGGAUAAACAAACCCCCUCAGAUCAGCUGCAAUACAACCAACAGUCUGCUGGUACUGAACAAGGAUUUGUUAAGUGCAUGUGUAGAAUAUAGAAAACUAAAUAAUUAUAAAUGCCAUUCAUUCAAGUAUAGAUGGCUAUAAAACUGUUCUGUUAGGGGUUGCAAUCCAGGAUCCCGAAUUUCAAAUAUACCGGAAUACCAGACUAUAACGAUGCUAAAAAAAAUCGGGAUUGGAAUUUAUAAAAAAUUGGGAAUUUCAAAAUUCCCGGGAUUUCAUUUUCAAAAAAAAUAUUUAUCGCUUUUCUUAGUUUCCAUGUCGUAGCUAAAGCAAGACAUAGCUACAAUUUAUUUCAUGUGCAAAAUGCGAACUCCUCACACCAUCUGUCUCAAGUUUAAAGAGGGCCGAUCGACUGGCUAAAUCUGUGUGCUCUUCAUUUGUUACGAAUCAUGGCGUUGUGGUUAGUUUUGUUUUUACUUCUUGCGUGUGUAGUGUGUAAGUGGAGACGUGAGUAGCAAAGUGAACAUACAGAAUUGGUAAGUAAAUGUUUUCAUAUUAUUGACAAAUAAGUAAUUAGUAUAGUUGAAUGAAAAUCAAUAAAUGUUGACAUCAUUAAGAGUUUGUUUGUAACAUGAAUUAUAUGGAAAUAAUUACACGCUGCACUUGAAUCAAGGGGUAAACAUUAUACAACAAAAAAUUUUGAUUGCUUGAUUUACUUUAAUCAUGCCAACACAUUUAAAACUAUGAGUAAAUCUGUAUUAUGAUAAUCAAAUACCUUAAGUUUAAUACAUAUACAAAUUAUGUUACUUCUAUUUUUUGAAAACAAUAUUAAUAAUUCACAUUCACCUUAUAAUUUAUUUUCGAGCUAUUUUGUCUCAAGCUGAAUGUCCCAGUUUUCCUUACCCUCUUAGCCAAACAUUGAGAUGAAUAUUUAAACAUUUUUUUAAAAGUUGUACACGUCAAACCGAUUUGAUUUAAUAAAUAAAUUGUUGUUAAUGAUUUAUUUUCCUUUCAGGUUGAUAGAUAGAAAGAAAUGGGGGACCCUGAAAAGAAUAAACCUAAAUAUGAAAAGCAUAUGAAACUAUAGGAAACAAAGACAUCAGUUUGGUAUUAUUUCUUGAAUGUUAUAGACAAUCUCUCAGCUAAAUGCAUUAGAUGUAACAAGAUACUUAAAACAUUGGAGGCACAACUUCAGGCCUUCACACUCAAUUAGUCUGCACAUUCCACUGUCUUGAAAGAUAUCGCAGUUUCUGGUACUGGUACCCCAAGAUGCUAGUGUGAUGACCUUAUUAGGAUAUGAAGCAGCGCUUUACCAUCAGCAGUGUCUUGCUCACGGUGUACAGUUGGCAAUCUUAGACGUCAUUUAUAAAAAAAGAAAACUCUUCAAUCUCAACAAAAUCAACCUGAAGAUGACAAUGGUUCUGAUGAUUUUGACUGUGAUGAUGAUAAUGACAACUGUGGUUUUCAUGUUACAGUUGAGAUCAAUCAAAAUAAUGAAUUUGUUUUCAAAGAUUUAAUCGGGGAAAUGCGAAAAAUUGUAAAAAAAUUCAGAAAGUCGCCUACCAAAAAUACGAUUCUUCAGAAAUAUGUAAAAGGAGAAAUAGGUCGUGAGCUUAAUUUGAUUUUAGAUUGCAGCACAAGGUGAAAUAGUUUAGCAGACAUGUUAGGAAGGAUAGUCAGACAAAAAAAUCCUAUUAAUUUAAGAAAGUGCUUAUUGGUUUAAAAAUCGAUCUUGACAUAUCUCAAGAUGAUUUGAAAGACUGUUUAAUUCUCAGCAAAAUAUUUGAAAUUCUGAAAGCAACGGUUAAAGAACUUUGCAAAAGUAACGCCAUCUUAGCAAAAGUAACACCAACUUAAUGACAUCUGAUACGGCUUUGAUGUUUAUGUUUAAAAAAAAUUAGAUACCUUACCUCAUGGCAUAGUUGCACAUGAACUUGUUGCCUCUCUGAUUAAAGAGAGCAUAUUGUUGGUUGCUUCAACAAUGACAUACUUUGAUGCGUCAAAUGACUACUUUGACAUAUUUCUAAGGCCAGAUUGCGACAAGAUGUGAAAACAUAUCGUGGAUAUUUAAAAUUUUUGUCAAAAAGCAGAUUCCUAGUUGGAAAUAUCUAUGGACAAUGAGAUUGAAAAUCUUGGAUCUGAGUAUGACGAACUUGAAGACACACUGCCGCUUAAGAGACAAUUGGAAAUUGAAAUAUAAAAGAAACUUCAGGCCCAAGAUAAUACGUACAGACCAACUGAUGGAGACAUUGAUACAUUGGAAAAAAAUAGAGAUGGCUUUAUUUCAGAAUGGCGGUGAUAGAAGAAAAUUUGUAGAAAUUGCAUAUCAUAGCCUAAGUAAGGUCUAUUUCUCCGACCAGUGUGGAGUCUGAGCAGGCGUUCUCGUCAUCAGGCUACUUUUGUAUUUGCUGUCAAAAUUAAGUGAUCAGACAUCAAACACAUUUUCAUUUUACGAUCUCAUCUGAAUUUGACCUAAUAUUAAAACAACACAAAUUAUUUCAAUAUUUGAUAAUGUCUGAAGUUAGACAUUUGUGUUAUUGUUAAAAGCUUAUUAAAAAUUAAAUUACUGUUUCUUUUUUAAUGUUUUUAUUUCAUUAAUGAAUCUUAACCUCUAAUCUUGACAGAAAAUUUACUAAAUAUUGACAAUGUUGAAAAUAUCGGGAUUCCGGUAUUCGUAAACUUCAAUAAUAAAAUAUCAGUUUUGAUAAAAAGGGACUGGUUUUGUGACCCCUAGUUAUUAUAUACCAAGUCCAGGUAGAAAUUCAAGACAGGAUGCCUAAUAUAUAACAUAUUUUGACUAUUAUCAUCACACGUUGCCUGUAACAUAUACAUUUAGUUAUUUUUCUAAAUAUUCAAGGUAAAACACUAAUAAGAAAAUAGAUCAGAGCUAAAACUUUAUUCAUUGCUGUAUAUUAUUAAACUUAAAUAUGCUAGAUUGUAUUACAACUAAAAAAAAAUAAUAAUCAAAACACAUGAUCUUUUAUUAAAAAUGGCAGACAAUUAUAUAAAAACAUUAUCAAUUUGGGGUACUGUAAUUAAGAAUUUAUGAAAGAACAUUUUUUAUAAUUAUUUGAAAAGUGUUUAAACGAAAUUUAAUAUGUAUUUUUUAGGCUGAAUCUGCUGAUAGUCUUGCAUUAAUAAUUGUAUUUGUGUACCAUCAAAUACCUAAAACUGGUGAGGAGGAUGUAUUCUCAGUCCUUAAAUCUAUGGUAACAUACUAUGAUGAUAAGAGUGAAGAUGGUGUCAAGACAAGAAUGAUGAACUUUGCUAAUAAUGGAACAUAUGUACCAGAGUUCAAAGUAAUUGACAUGGUAAGAUAACAUGUUUCAUGUUGUAAGUGAAAAAUUUUAUCUCUUAACCAGCAUCAUGGUAUCUUAUAAUUCACCAUGUAACUCAUGAUAAGGAAUAUACUAUUCACCAUUUUGGCAGAUAAAGCUUUAUCAUUUUUUUGUUAUAUCAAUGUCAAAUUUUAUAAGAAAAUUUAUAGCUAUACAUAAAAUAAAAAUGGAACUAUACCUUAAAAAAUGAUUAAAAUUAAGUUCUGCAUAAUAUGUGCAAUUAGUUUUGUCGAGUCCAUUGAAUACUUUUCAUGUUUACACAGAGAAUGCUGGAUAUAUGCAUUGUUGUAAUUCAUAUCAUACCUUUCAUUACUUAGUUCUCUGCCUGGGAAUAUCAACAGGAGUCUUUGCUCAAGGAAGAUAUAUUAACACUUCUUAGCUUUGUCCUUUGUUCUUAGCUUGACUGCACUACUGGUUGACUAUAUUUUUAAAAAAAUAAAAAAGAGAAAUGCUUACAGCAAAACUGAUUAAUGUAUAAAAAAUUCUGUUCCUGUUGUAUGUAUUUUAGAAUAAUAUUUUCAAAUCUAUAACCAACCCCCCCCCCCCCUAUAAAAUACUUUUUUCUCCUCCUAAUUUUAGGUAAGUGAUCUACUAGAACCUGAUGCUUUGAUAUUGACCUGCUCAGUUGGGAUGCAACUAAAUAUAGAGAUGCUGAACAGAGUUCGUAUUAACACUAUUCCAGGGUGGCAGGUUUUCUUUCCUAUUGGAUUCUGGCAGUUUAAACCCAAUUUGAUUUACGACAAAAAACCCUACCCAACUGAAAUUGAAUUUAGUAGCAGAACAGGGCACUAUGAUGUUUUAUCCUAUGAGCAUGGGAGUUUUUAUAAUUCAGAUUACAAAGAUGCAAGAAAAUCUUUAUUGUUUGAAGAUAUAAUGAAUUAUGAUCUGUAUGAGAUGUUUGUAAAGUAUGGCAAAAUUCAUAUUUUUAGAGCCGUUGAGCCAGAAUUCAAACAUUACUAUAUGCAGCUUGAUUGUCCAGCCAGCAGUCCACCCAAGCUGUAUGAAAGAUGUGUUGAAAGAAAAUCCCUGAACCUAGCAACAAGAGCACAGCUAGCUAAGCGAAUUUUUCAAUACCAAUCCAAACGAGAAGCACACCAGAGACCAAAUAAAGAAGCUUAAUCUGAAAUGAAUUUGAUUUCUACUGAAAUAAAACGCAGUUAUAAGUUAUAAUGAAUUUUUAAAAAACAACAUGAAUACAAUUUAAUUCAUUACCAACGCCCUGUCAUUGGUCUUUUAUAGAAGUUCAAUUUCACUUCAAUUUAAUAAAAAAAAAGAAAUUAAAAAAUUAACCUAGUCCUAGUGAUAAAUGAAUUUUUUUUGCACACCAUUGCAAUCAAUUGAUUUAUGUGAAAUUUCUUCAAUGUUGUGAUAUGAAAAACAAUGAUGUUAUAUUUCAAGACAUUGGAUUCAGUAAUAAAAACAUGUUUAUUUUAAAAAAUAAAUAUAAAAGCACUUUGAGCUAAGUUUCUAAAGAUUUUGUACAAGAGAUUGAAAAAGAGGAUGAGAUGAUGUAAUAUGUUGCACUUUUCUUGUCUGUUGGAAAGUAAUAUUUAUCAAAGCUUUUAAUGUCUCAAAACAUAAAAUUAUUGUUUGAACUAUUAAUUUUUAUAAUUAAAUAUUUUUAAACUUAUUAUUGAAAGGUCUUUUUUGUGGGUAAGUUUGUAGAACUUAAUAUUUAGAUUUUUCUAUUAAUAUGGAUCACUGUUUGGUAACAUUUUUUGUUGAGUAUUUAAAAUGUCAUUGAUUUUGUUUAAUAUUAAAAACACUUUUUUUUAAAACAAGUUAAACUCUACUCUUUUAUGAUGUAUCAAAUGAAAUAAGGUAAUUUGCAUAGCACUAGAAGUUAAAGUAAAUCAAAUUAGUGUUGUUUUUUUCAUGUGUAAAAAUAAGGCUAUUUAGAUUAAGAAUAUUCAAUAAUUCAUACACAAAACAAGAAGAAAUAAAAUAAUUUACCCAUACAACUUUGUUACAAUAAACUUUUUUUGCAUCUUCGUUCAUUUUAUGAUGAUGUUACUUUUUUUUAAAAGUCUAAAUUUCUUUGGGCUGAUCACAUCAUUUUUUUGGUUGAUGCAAAUAAUUUCAUUUAAAAAAACUUUUAAUAUAAGUUUUCAUGACCAUACUUUUUUUUUUGUUUAAUCAAGACUAUUAUUUUGUAACUAUAAUUUAUUUUCAACAAAUUAUUUUAAGUCCCAUCUUAAAAAUGCGAGAAUUCUACCCUAAUCUAAAUAAACACUAAAAAUGCAGAAUUGAUCAAAAGGAAACCAACCUGUUCAAAAGCCUACUGAAAACUCAACCUCAGGUAACCAGUACCAGUAUAUAAUAUAACCAAAACACAUUUUCUUUUGUCUAUCUUAAAUAUUUAUUGUUUAUACAGUGGUUUUGUUAUUUUGAUAUAAAACUUUUUUCAUAAACUAAUAAGAAUCUCAUAUCAAGAUACCAUCACACCACUUUUCAGUUUUUUUAUGUGUACUUGAUUUUCAUUGUUUCCCAUUAUUUAAUUUGUUUGUAUAUACAAUAUAUAUUCUACAGAAAAGCUUACAACCCUCAUUGCUUGUCUCUGCCUGGAAUCACCAUAUAGCAUGAAACAAUUGUGUAACAUGAAUAUAACCUUAUAAAUCUGUGUUGAACAAGGUAUUGCUUGUUAGAGCACACUUUUAUUUAAACAUAAUACACCAAAGCAAUGUUUGACAAUAAAAGAAUGUGCAUACUUUUUUCCCCCAAAAAUUCAUUGGGAUGAAAAGACCACAUUGUUUGUGUAACAUAAGACUGAGAAAAUAUCAUGUGUAAUUUCAUCCCUAUCAAAUGACUUAAUUUCUUAGUGUACCGGUACAUACAUAUGUAUAUUGUAGGCAUGUCUAAAAGGAAAGUAAUUCUAACUACAACCUUGUAUAGUAUUUUUUUAAUAAAUUUUUUUAAUGCAGAUGUUUUUUUAAAUUAAAUCUUAAUGUGAUGGGAAUGUGUUGUAGAAUAAUACAUUAUAAAUAAAUAUAAUGCACAUAUUU